AAGAAAAGAACAUCCUUUAAUAAAAUUUUCUCUCCGGCAAUGCAAAAAUAUUGUAUGAGUACAGGUUAUUGUCGGUAUAGCACUUAAUAUUCAUCAUCUCGAUUUUAUGUUUUUUCUUUAUUGAGAACUCCCUGACAGGCAAUACAAGAACCAGAAUUUUUAUGUAACCUUUAAGUGGCUUGCUUUGAACCGGUCAUUAAGAUUCCUACCUUAGUUGUGUUAAACAGAAAGAUAGAACGGAAGUGUGUGUAUUUUGAAAUGAUUUCUUUUACAAGGAUAGUUAUAAUUACCUUCGUAGGUAACGUGGUCGUUUGUUCGACACAAAAACGUGAUUUUUCUACUAUUUUUAAAUGGACCCAACUAGAAUUUGAUUAUCCAUCAUCAUAUGAAAGAGACAAAGAUAUUCUAACAGGUAAUUUUUUGCCUGGAAAACCAGCUCCCAUCGAUGUUGACGUUUAUUAUAAUACAAGAGAAUGGGAAGGGAACAAAAUUUUUGUAACAGUUCCGAGAUUCCAGCUUGGAGUCCCAGCGACACUAGGUACUCUAUCUGCAAAAACGUUUAACGGAAAUCCUGUACUUAAACCAUAUCCUAAUUGGAAUUGGCAUAGAAAUCCAGAACGGUGUAAUAGAGAUAGAAUUAUUUCCGUAUAUCGAGUUCAGGUUGACGAAUGCGGAAGACUAUGGGUUUUGGAUACCGGAAUAUUACUACAAACCAUAAUAUGUCCACCACAGAUACUGGUUUUUGAUUUACAAACCGACACACUGAUUCAUAGAUACGAAAUACCAAGUAAUCAAUAUGAAUCUCGCUCUAUCCUCGUUACUCCAGUUAUUGAGAUUCUUGAUUCAUACAAUUAUUGCCAAAACACAUUUGCAUAUUUUGCAGACUGCCAGACAUAUUCAAUUGUUGUUUAUGAUUUGAAGAACUACAGGUCUUGGAGAGUAACCGAUAAGACUAUGUAUCCUUACCCUGAUUAUGGAACGUACAAUGUACAAGGAGAUUCUUUUGAACUUAUGGAUGGUAUCUUGGGUAUGAGUCUUUCACCAUACUCGGAUGGAGGACAAAGAAAACUAUUUUAUCAUGGAAUGUCUAGUCCUACUGAAAACUGGAUAUAUACAGCUCACCUUAGAAAUGAAAGCCUAUCGCGUAUCCCACAACCUCAACUGUUCCAUACCUUUAGUGGAAAACGACGAACUCAAGCUGUGGCUGAGGCCAUCGAUUCUAACGGUAUAAUGUACUUUGGAUUAGUCGGUGAAGUUAAAGUAGCUUGUUUUAAUACCAGAGUAGGCGACUAUGGUGGUCAGGGUUCCGGUACAGUUGCAGAUAAUCCUGUAACUUUGCAAUUUCCUACUGGCGUAAAGGUUGUGAAAAGUGAACAUGGCGAUGACGAAUUAUGGAUCCUAACUUCUCGAUUUCAAAAAGUUAUUACAGAUACGCUAAAUCCAAAUGAAAUUAACUUUCGAAUAUUGGCAGUAAAAACUAAACAUUUAAUACCAGGGACAUCCUGUGGCCUUGGCUAUAUUGUGGAUCCCAGUCACGGGUCCAAAGGAUCACAAAGAACCUUUGACAUACAAAAAGCAGAAGAAUACAACGAAUUUAUUACAUAAUAUGGUGCACCUAGGUAGUAAUUUUACAAUAUACUUACUCAUAGACAAAUUUCUGUAUGAAGUAAAAUAAAGAUUUUUAAGACUGAA